AUGAUACGCGCAGAUGACAGCACUGUUCAUUCAUUUGUAUAUUGCAUUCUUGAGUCAAUGCCGUCAUUAGCUGAGGCACAGCUUUUGGUAGCUGUGACGAUGAUAAUAGUGACGAUGAUGUUGCUUAUGAUGGCAGUUGUGUUGAUGGUGAUAGUGAUGAAAGUGACAACGAAGGAGCCUAUAAUGGCGGUGACGGGUGUGGUGAUGACGACCGUAGAAAAAGCGGUCAGUCAUUAUAUAAACAAAUGUUUACUUGGCGUGACCGCUGGUGAUAGGCUUGAGGUUGCACCAUUUUACAGGUAUCGAUGA